AUGAAGAAUCUUCUGGGCCGCGCCAGAAAGCUGGCAGAUGCUGCGGAUGGAAAGAAUCCAAACAACAUGGUUCACGAAGUGAAGGAGGAGAUUCUGGAGCUUGUAAACAUAGAUCAUGAAAAAGCCCGUUUUACGGAUGCAAAGGCUGAUACAACAGACAACCUAGCAGAGGUCAAGAGAGUUACUGGCGCUGCAGACCACCUCAAUGUCUUUGCGGAAAAGCACGAAAUUACCCUCCUCGCAGCAUUGAAGACUAUCGAAACAGAGCUAGGCAAGAUAGAUCUCACCACUGCUAUCAAUAAAGCAUUAGAGGAAGUUGAUCUUCCCUCAGCAGAUCUGAGCGCGUUUGACGAUGCGGAACAGCUGAUAGAUAUGUUGUCAGACACAGCGGAAUCUGUUGGCCGCGUUUCCGUUGCAGCAAAGGGGAUCGUGGAUAUGUUGGAUUUUGCUCUCCUGUGCGUCAGCGCCGUCUCGGGGGCAUUGGUAGUUAUGGCUGUGGUUACACUCAUCUGUCAGCUUUUCGUGCCGAAUAAGUGCGCCAGAAGAAUUCUGGGUUUUUGGGCAAUCCUGAUGACUAUCUUCUCUGUGGUGGUUUGCAUAACUGUGGUGGUGGUUUCGCUUAUACAUAAAGCUGCAUUGCCCGCGUGCGAUUAUGCUGCUGUACGAUUUACGGAUCUAAACAGCGAACACCCCUUUGCUAAAAUGUACGGAGAAGAUAGUGCAAUUUUCCAAGCUCUCAGCACAUGUUUAUCGGAAAAGGGGAGCGGAGACUUGCUGCAGGAGGACGACGGCACGAAUCGAAUCGACCCUAUUUUAGAAAAGCUGGAAGAAUCAAAGAAGGAAAUUUGUGCUAAAAUUCCAAAUCCACCCACUGUUAAUUUUGAGAAUCUGGAUAAAUUUGGUAACAGUGCAAUGCAGCAAGCUUGGGCAGUAGUUCUGCGGAAUCGUUCGAGUGUCAACACGUUCAAGCAAGUGCAAGAUAGCGGGAUUCAAGAACCGGAUUCUCGAGUGCAAGUAGACGACAUAACCGGCACCAUCUAUGGUUUGCAAACUGUCAGGAGUUUGGUCCAUCCAUGGAAAGUUGAAAUAAGCCAUUCUGCAAGUCCGGGGGAGCUGAUUGUCACCAGCCAAGCCCCAUCAGACGAUGUUCUGGACGCCUGGUUCAAUGAAUGCUCGAGGACCGUGGGACGGAACACGACCGAUUGUACACAAGUAAAGGAGGCGGUGCGGCUGUUGAAGAAGAAGAUUUCGCUCAUGGUGGCUCCGGCAGCAUGCUAUCGAAGUUUUAGCGGCACCCCAGUAAGGGUGUGUACGGUUCCAGAGUUGAUGGGAGGUGUUGGAGAAUCGCCUGUACCGCAGAAUGCUCUUGACAGAUCAGUUACCGACGUUAUUGGCGUAGUGAACGAGUUGAAAGCGAAGGUCGAAGGCAGCCGCGAUGCAGCGUGUAACGUUGCAGAGAAAAAGAUCGAUUACAUUAACGACGAAGUGCUGAAUCUCAAAAACGGCAGCAACUGUAAAUUUGCGCGGGAUAGGUUUAUCCGACUAACGAGUCAUCUGUGUUACGGUGCAAUCGACGGCCUGGGCACUGGCUCCUUUUUGUAUUUCAUAUUGGCCAUAGCGAUGUUCUUCUUCUCGCUUUUGUUGCUGAUCCUUAUCAUUAAAGACCGCGAUAACGAUCGCUAUCGAGAACCAGAAUAUACAGCAGCAGCAGGAGGUGCAGCUGAACCGGUUCAAGGGGAACCCGAAGCUGUUGUUCCUCCGCCACAGGAGGCACAGGGUCCAGAAAGCAGCAAAGCUAUCGUAGCCCCCGAAGGAGACGGGUAUGCCCCGGAGGGCAAAAUGCCACAGGCGGAAGCACAAGCUGGCAGUGUUGAUUGCCGUGCAUCUCAUAGUGAAGGCGCAAACGAAGUGGUGGCACACAAUGGAAUUGGUCCCCGGAUGGCCUCGAUUCCUUGA